AAAAAAAUGCAGUGCGACGCGUGUAUAGUCACAGAAUUUGGCCCUGGCUGUGCUGCGAGUAAAUACGUUUGUGAAAGGUGCACCCUCGUUUAGGUUUAGAACUGAUCAAAGGCACCCACGAGGAGCUUGGUCGACGACAUGAUAGCUGUCGAUCAUCGUCAAGUCUGUCGGUCUAGGUGGGCUUCCGAAAGCCCGAUAAGUGUAUCUUUCCCGAACGUACCCAGGAGGUACCCAUCAUUGACACACGGUUCAGCUUCUAAGCUGGAUCCCUCCCCACGCUGUAUCAAAUGCUAUUCUUGAUGUGGCUUUCGCGGAAGAAGUGCCUCCCUUUGCGGUUAAUGUCGUACACCCGAGGCCGAUAGCGUGGGGGCAGUUAUGCGGCCUGUUGUGCACGCGAUAGUCGACCAUAAGGUCACAAGCAUCUCGUUGCGUCUCGUUCCAUUCUUGGUGUGGCUUGAAAAGCUUGAACCGAGUGCCAAGGACGCGAAGGAUGAAAGUAUUAAGCGUAUCCCUGCUAUCAAGCUUCUGAACUUCAUGCGUUCCAUGACACGAUCAGAUAUCACGAUCAGGGCAUCUUGCGAGAUGCCCUCAGAAGCAGGUGGCUUUACUCCAUUGGCCACGGAUGUAGCUCAGCGCGUCAGUCCGACGGUCAAGGAACUGGAGCCGCUGCCGUCGGCAGAUGCAGUGAAUACAGUGGGUGGACUAUUGAGCGGCGGUGAGGGUGUUGAAAUGAAUGAGCAGGCCGCAGGCAAUCCCUGUAUUUGCUUCUAACGCAAUGUGGUUACUUGGAACUUGUACUAAGAUAAGUCGGAGUCCUCUCAGGGCCAUCUUACCCUUUUAGGUGGUUUCAUCAUGCAUGCAUUAAGUGCGUGCAGCUCCCGAACUUUCUAGCUGAGCAGAUAGUGGAGUAAAAUCCAUUUGGGUGCUUUGCACGAGAAGGGCCCACGAUUCUCUGACUGUCUUCUGUUUGGGCGAGGGACUAGCUAUUAGAGCUGGUGAUACCCUGUAACCGGUAGUGCUAGGGUUCAAAUAGCAAGUCGAAAUCAUGGGAGGAUGUGUCUCUCCACAGGACAGCCUUCUUGGAAUCGGAUCUGAUUCGAAUCAGGACAGCACAAUCCAGAUGCGGCACGCGGUCGACUGCAAACUUGAGAGAUAAGCUAAAAAGUAUCACUGUUCAUCUCCGACGUCCUCGAGUAUUGUCGACGACAGCUGUCAAACACGUACUGAUCAUGCAUGGCCGAGAUGAG